UGCCUUACCAACGUGCGUAGAAAAAUAGUAACUACUCAGGUAAAAGACUUUGUGAUAAGAAAAUAACUUAUUUGACAGACAAGUCACGAUGACUAAGCUAGUCGCUAUAGUAGCGUGUUUAUUAUCAACAGUUAUUAAAUCCCAAUACAUCAGUGUGAACAGGAAGCUAGUCUCAAAUGCUGUAUCUUGCGACAAUAAUAAAACAGCAUUAGUGGAACAUUUCUUCAAUAUAAUUUUCACGGAAUUCCACCAGGCGCCGCCAGUUUGUGUGUGCGUGCAAAUGUGUAUUGAUCAACCCACGUAUUGUUACCCAAACGGAUGUUUGAAAAAGGCAGACAGGAAAAAUGUUAAUAAUGACCGAUCACUCAAUCAGCCAUACCAAGAAACGCAGAUUGAAAAUAAUAGGCCGGUUAUGUUUCUAGUUGAUAAAUAUGAUCCGAAAACGCAGUAUCUGUCAGAAAAAUAUAUGGAAAAGAACUUAGUACCUAAAGAUAAGACACUUAUAAAAGAUCUACAUUUAGAUUCUUUUGACAAAAGAUAUAAAAUGUUUUAUAAUAACAGAAAAGUACCUAAAUUAGAUUUUAGAUAUGACCUUAGAAAACAAGUGAAUAAUAUGAAAUCAAAUAUAUAUAAGGUGGAAGCAAUAGAUGUAACAAAAACAAGAUGGCCUCUAAAUAAACAUAUCAACGGUAAUACACAAAAAUACUAUUAUGAAAAGAAGUUUGGAGAUAAAUUUGGAGAAAGGCAGAGAAAUAAAAUUCUAGCACAUUCUGAUUUUGGAACCAAACCUUUUUAUUCUACAAAGUAUUUUAAAAGAGAUAUAAAAAAGAAAAACGACGACGACGGCAUGAAUAUGAAUACUCUAUAUGUAAUAGAAAAACAAGAUUCCAAUGCAAAUAAUAAUAAUUUUUCGCUGGAAAGCUUAAUUAAUAAUUUGAUAGAAAGUAACGUAGAAGUAACAAAUAAGACUGAAUUUGAUUUGAAUGUAGAACUAAAUAAUCCAAUACACUACGAUAAAAAUGUUGAUUUACUAAAUUCUACUGAAGUAAUACUGAAAAAUAAUACAAUUGAAUUGAGAAAUGAAACUAUUGAUGCAAAUGUAAGCAACUACACCAAUGAAUUGGAAGAAAGUAAAUAUGUUAAUAACACAAAUGUAUUUAGGGAAAAAAACUACAAAAACAAAUUCAGUGAUAUGAUAGCUUCUCUAUCUAAACAAAUUGAAAAACAAAACAAUACAAGUUUAGAAAUAAUGAAACAAUUUAUAGGCAUGAAUAUAAAAACAAAAACAGAUCCAAAUAUUUCGAUUGAAUCAUAUAAAAUAAUACAUAAUUAUACUUCUACAGAAAGUGCUUUCAAAAAAAUGAUCACAAAUAAAACAUUUGAUGAAAGUUUGGACAAAAAUGUGAAAAGUAGAUAACUGUAAAUAAAAUUAAAAAAAAAUAAUGCAAGAAGUAUUUGAUUUUUUCAUAUCAAUCUUAAAUUUCGAAUAAAAUUAAUGUUAAUAUUAUUUUAUAUUGUGUUGAUUGCAUAGAGUUAAUUAGGUAAAGUUAAAAUUUAAACUGCAUUUACUGCAUCGUUUUCAAUGUCUCUGUUUGCGUAUAAGAUGGAUUUGAAAGCAUCUCUUCAGCUGUUAGUUGUAUCUCAUUAUUUAUCAUUAUAUGUUAAGUGAUUUAGUAUUAAAAGUAAAACAACUAAUUAUUUUAUCAUUGUUUUUAAAAUGAACCUUGUUUUGGAAUUAGCCUAUGUUCUUUUUCAUAGCAUAGUGUUUUACAAAUUUUUUCAAGACACAUCUUACUUAGUAUUUAAUCAUAUUUUGUGAUUCCCUACCCUACGCCGUUUUUUAACCUGUAUGAAUUUUAUUGUAUUACAAAUAUGAAAUUAGUAUAUUUUUAUUUAUUUUCAUAGAAUCUGCGAUUGGAGAAAUUGGUUAACACAAAACAGAUGCAUAUUUCACGUUAAUGUGAUCACCUUUUAUUUUUUUUAGUUUAAUUACAAUUUGCAUAAAUGCAUAAAUUUCUAUAAAUUAUUGUUUCUCCAAAACUGUGGGCUCUCUUGUAAUUUUUGUUUGUGUAUUUAGUACUAUUCUGUUUCAUAUUAUUUGUCUUACUAAAAAUGUAAUACAACAACAUAUGGAAGAGGGCGUUAACUCCUGAAACACAGGUGUUUUCAUACCUACCUCGGGAGUUAGGGACUUCACAUUAUAUUGUAACAAAGAGUGAAAUAAAGAUUUAUUUAUUAAAAAUUUACUGUCAA